UCUUUCUCGCCUCUCCCUCAUUUUUAAUAUUUCUAUUAAUAGUGUCUCUAAAUUCCAGAUUCCCAGAAAUAAAUCUGAUGCUCUCAACAAUCAGCUUCUACUGGUAAACAGCUGCAAUGUGACACAUUAUUGCCUAUAAAUGCAAUAAAAGGACAAAAAUUACUUUUAAAACAUGAAGUAAGAAAAAUCCCAAGUUUACAGUUUAAAAGCAGAUCAGAGUUAAAGUCCGUUAGUUCCCAAAGUUUCUCUGCCUUUAGCAAACCGAGCAGCGUCGCUAAUGAACGAGACUCACCGGGUCGAAUCCAACCGGGUCAGAACCCGAACAGAACCACAGAUCACUAAUGACGAGCAGGUGAGCAGCAGGAAACUGGCCCUACAAAAUAAAACAGGAAGUUAAAACCGUCAUACUACUGUAUGAGGAGCCGUUUGUAAAGUUACACUGAAAAAAAUUAACAGCAAUAAUUUGGGUUAUUUAGCAAAAACUGGAGGUCAUAUUUCUACCAUGAUUACAAAUAUCACAAUUUCAAACUAAACAUUUAAUCAGCAAGUUACAUAUUUUUGCUUCACUUCAACUUAUCAGCUAGCAAAUUUGCAUAUUUAAAUAUUUAGCUAGCUCGGAGCAACUGAGAUAAUUAGCCAGUUUAGUAUUUAGCUUUCUAACUAAAUAUUCAGCUUAGAUAUUUAAAUAAUAUGUAAUUAGUUUUCUGUUUAACUUUUACCUGAAGCUAAAUAUUUAUGCGAAUAUUAGCUAGCUCAAAGGUAAUGAGAUAACUUUGCUAGCUCACAGCAAACUAUUGAACUUGGAGCUAAUAGCUAGCUUGACCAAAUUCAUUUUUUAGUCUAGAUCUAAGUAUUUAGUUUAUUUUCUCAGUUACUACUAAAUAUUUAGCUUUCUCCCUGCUCUAAGGGCCCCUCCCUGCUCUAACUGCCCCUCCCAGCUCUCAGGGCCCCUCCCUGCUCUCAGGGCCCCUCCCUGCUCUCAGGGCCCCUCCCUGCUCUAAGGGCCCCUCCCUGGCUCUUCAUCUCCUGCUCAGCGUCGCUGCAGGUGGAUUCUGACCUGCAGCUGAAGUUUUCUCUGCUUCCAGGUUUAAUCUGGAUUAUUCUGGAUUGUCCUGCAGUAAUCUGGUUCUGCUGUCUUUCUAAACUCUGUAAACUGUUUUUGUUGCUGCAGAAUAAAAUGAAUCGCUCCACCAGGCAGCUGAUGCUCCUCCUCCACCUGCUGCUGUUUCUGAGCGGCCUCUCUCUGGUUGCCAUGGGAACCUGGGUGACGGCGGGCGGCGGCGGCCCCUUCCUCCACCUGCUGGGGCCGUUCUCCAACCAGCUGCUGCGCUUCCUCAACAUUGGCCUCCUCUGCAUCGCCAUGGGAACCACGCUGGUGCUGCUGGGAGCACUGGGAGGAUGUGCAGCUCACUGGGAGAGCAAGUGUCUGCUGCUGACUUUCUUCUCCAUCGUCCUCAUCAUCUUCAUCUGUGAGACGGCAGCUGGAGUCGUGGCUCUGGCCUACUCCUCCUUCGCUCAAGGCAUCCUCAAGGCGUGGGCGGUUCCUGCGCUGCAGAACGAUUACGGCAGCGAUCCGACUGUCACUGGGAUCUGGAACAACACCAUGGUAGAGUUGAAGUGCUGCGGUUUCUCCAACUACACCGACUUCCUGGGGUCAAAGGUGGAGGAGCAGAACGGGACCGGCCUCCCACCCAGCUGCUGCUCCACCAACAUCGCCCCCUGCAGCCCAGCGGAGGCGGCACGCUCACCUGUCCAGGGCUGCUUUGAUCCCAUCCUGAAGACCCUGAGAAAACACACCUGCGCUGUGGGAGGCGUGGCAGCAGGAGUGGGACUCCUAGAGAUCGCUGCCAUGAUUGUCGCCAUGUACCUGUUCUCUCACCUGGAUGAGAAAGUCAGCUGAAGUUGCUCCUCCCAGCCUGCAGAGGCAGUAGAUCCUGAUGCUGUCCUCCUCUUUGCUGCAACAUAUUUAACACUUCCUGUUGAGGUUUAGCUUGAUUUCAAUUCAGUAGAGAAGUUUUAAAUAUAUCUAUGAACUAUAAAUAUAUUUAACGAAUUAACUGUUUUAUUUGGAUCUUUUCUUACUCAACAUAUUUCUGGUUCCUUUUAUUCCAGAUUUUUUCCAUAGUUCAGGUUUUAUAAGUUGAGUUUCUGUAGAGAAACAGAAUUUUUUUUGGUUCAUGUCAUUUUGCUGGUCUACCAACAGCAACACUACAGUCUCCCACCAGUAGGUGGCAAUAAGUGAAAGAAUGACCUGAAGCAGUA